AUGGCGGGCGUCUUCUGGGGAGGCGGAAGGGCGGACGAGGUGGCCGACUUCGACGAGUACGACCCGACCCCCUACGGCGGCGGCUACGACAUCGCCCUCACCUUCGGCCGCCCGCUGCCGCCCUCCGAGGAGACCUGCUACCCGAUCUCCACCGCCACCUCCUCCGCCUCCUCGUACGACCGCCCCCAGCAGCACGGUGGCCGCAGGCCCGGGGCCGAGGAGUCCCACGGGUCCGCUGCAGGGUACGGCGGCGGCGGCGGCGGCGGCGGGUACGCGAGGCGGCCUCAGCCUCACGAGGAGGAGACCCACGGCUCUGUGGGCUCUGGGUACGGCUACGGGAGGAAGGGACACGACGACGACGACGACGAGCAGAAGGCGUACCGGAAGCCCAAGCCGGCGUACGACGGGGACGAGAGGCCCAGCUACGGCCGCAAGAAGAAAGGUGACGACGACGACUCCGAUGACGACGACAAGAGGAAGCCGCGCUACAAGAAGUACGACGACGAUGACUCCGACGACGACAAGAAGAAGCGAUACGAGAAGAGCAACCGUCGCCGCCACGAUGACGAUGAUUAAGCCACGCGAUAAUGUCAGACCGAUAUGUAUCAUCCCUUGACUGCAUCGACUACUGGUAGUAAAUAAGGUUAGGGGAUUAAUUCUGCUUCUCACAAUCAGGCAUCCCUCAUUUCUUUUUGCUUUUCUUUUCAACUUUUCUGCUAUUCUGGUUCUGGUCACCCCGAACUUUCUUUUUUUCCUGAGGGGAGUAUGCAUCGAUCCGAUUCUUGUGCUUUCGAUUCUUUUGGAAUAAAAUUACGAUAAUCUGAU